GCUGUGCAGAAUAUAUUUCAGAGCCCGGAUGUUUAUUAGAUCUGCCAAAUAUUAUUGAACGAAAACGCCUAAAUAUUCGUAAAAUAAAGUGCUGUUUUUAAUCAUAAAAUAUAUAUUGGAGAAAUCAUUAUAGCAUUAACAAAAUAGUCUGAGAAAUUUGGUCGAUUUGCUUACUUUUAUAUUUUGAGGUAGAAAUGCAGCAACCAAUCGAUCGAAUACCGACAAAUUAUUGUCCUAAAGUGUUUGUUCAACGAGAUUUUUCUGAUGGAAUGUUUGUCAAAUUUCAAAGUAGAUUACCUCCAGAACUGGAGGGAAAGAUCGAACGUCAAGCAUACGAAUCAACAAUAACAAAGCUAAAUAAUUUCUAUGCGGACGCCGAAGCUUUAAAAGGAAGUGCAUACUGUGAAAAUUGUUUUUCGUGCUUAACUUGCUAUUUUUCGAUGUUCUGUAUUAAAACUCACUACGAUAAGGUUCUCGAUAAACUAUCAACUUACAUUGAGGAGCAAAAUAGCAAAGUGUAUAUUCCAAGGAACUUAUUGUUAAUUAAUCCUAUUGAAAGGGGUCUUAGAACGUUAGAGAUCGUGAUACUGCAGGACACACCUAAAUAA